AUGAAAGGUACCAAUACAAACGUCAGAUUAUACCAAAUUAUACCGUUGGCUUUGUUAAUGAUAAUCGUUAUUCCCCCUGUGACUUGCAAAUGUAGGUGGAGUUGUUUUAGCACGACAUCUACUGAUGAUUACGAAGGUAGAUAUACUCUGACCCAACAAGAGGCUAACUAUCCAAUCCCAAACCCAAACCCAGGUCGCAACUCAAGCAGCCACAGUCAUCCAAAUAACCCGACCAAUACCACCAACAUUACCAACCAACCAAAUACCACAAACGCAAGCGCACACAGAAACCAGAGCAAUCGGGUCAGUAUCUACGACAAUGUCCCCGAGUCACAAAGCAGUAUAGCCGACAACUCAUCUCUUAACAACCAAGGAAGAAGCCAGAGCGACCAAGCUAUUACUGAGCAACAAAACCCCCUGUUUACUUGCAUAGCUAGCGACCGCAAUGAGUACAUCAAGAAUGUAUGUGAGAUGAUUGACACAGAAGCAUCCGGCAUUGACAGCAUAUUUGCCGAGGAAAAAUGUGACUUAACAAGCCAGUCGGAGAAAACCUUGGCGAAUGAAAGAAGCCAAGAUCCUUUUGUAAGCCAAGCCAAUAACCAAGAUUCAUUAAACCACUUCGGCCCCCCACCAGCUAAUCCAAAUAUUCCAAGCUUCUCUAAUACUCAGAAAUCCCUAGCCACUACACCCCAGCCACAAACACCUCAACCAUCGACGCAAUCAAACUGGCGACCAAAGCCAGUCCCGCAUUCCAAGCCGGUAAGACUUUUCAGGUCGAAAUCAACCCAAUCCGACAAACCUUCUGAAGACCAGACAAACCCAAUACCGUGGGUUGGGGUGGAUUGUGUUGGGUUAGUCCUGAAGGCGCAAGAGACGUUAAAGUCUAACCCUCCUAAAUCCGAGUGCAACCAAUCUUCUGAAGACCAGACAAACCCAAUACCGGUUUACACAUCUUCGACAACCUCAUUGGGAUCUUAG